AUGUCAAAAUACUCUCGCGCGCUAGAGCGCAUCGACUCCGCGCACAGCGACGACCCCAACCACAUCGAGUCCAACAAUACUACAAUACCCUACGAACUUCACUACGCGCAACAAAUGACCUUUUACCUCGACCGCAUCAACCCAAACGCCUCCGAGCUCCUCCGCCUCGCCAUCCGCGCCCAGCAUCUCCGCCGCUGGGAAGUCCCCCGGAGCUCGUACCCCGCCACUAAAAUCGGGUACCACUCCUGGCGCUCCGGGCUACAAAAGCGGCAAGCGGAGCUCGUCGAGAAUAUGUGUUUAGCGAGCGGGUAUAGCGCUGAAGAGGCGGCACAGGUUGGUGCCAUGGUGCGCAAAGCGGAUCUUAAGAAAGGGGAUCCGGAUACGCAGACGCUGGAGGAUGUGGCGUGUUUGGUUUUUCUGGAUGAUCAGUUUGACAAGUUUGAGAAGGAGCUUGGGGAUGAGGAGAAGAUGGUUGAUAUUUUGAGGAAGACGUGGGGAAAGAUGUCCGAGGUUGGACAUGCGGAGGCGUUGAAGUUAGAUCUGUCGGAGAGGGCAACGGCUUUGGUGACGAGGGCUUUGUCUGGUUGA